UAGGGCGCAGUAUAAAUGUUAAUGAUCUGGGGGUCUCGAAGGAAUAACUUGCAAACAAAGAUCAAAGGUGUACAAAUGACUAGUUCAGCAAAACUGUCUUACUCUGCUGUGAUAAGGCAAACUUUAACCAUGGCUGUGAGACCCAGGUUUGCCAUGAUCCAGCUAUCCAGUGCAAAUCCUGUGUAUGAGAAGUACUAUCGACAGGUUGAUUCUGGUAACACUGGAAGAGUGGUGGCUUCUGAUGCUGCUGCUUUCUUGAAAAAAUCUGGGCUGACGGACUUAAUACUUGGAAAGAUUUGGGAUUUAGCUGAUACAGAUGGCAAAGGUAUCCUGAACAAACAGGAGUUUUUUGUGGCUUUGCGACUAGUGGCCUGUGCACAGAAUGGAUUGGACGUUUCCCUGAGUAGUCUUAAUUUGCCUGUUCCUCCACCUAGAUUUACUGAUACUGGUAGCCCAUUACUAAUCAGUGGAACAGCAUCAGCCGACAUCCCAUGGGCUGUUAAGCUGGAAGAAAAGGCCAAAUAUGAUGCUAUCUUUGACAGUCUGAGUCCUGUGAAUGGAUUGUUGUCAGGAGAUAAGGUGAAACCUGUGCUGCUAAACUCCAAACUGCCGGUGGAUGUCCUAGGAAGAGUUUGGGAACUAAGUGACAUUGACUAUGAUGGAAUGUUGGAUCGAGAUGAAUUUGCAGUUGCCAUGUUCUUGGUGUACUGUGCUUUGGAAAAGGAACCAGUGCCAAUGUCCUUGCCUUCAGCUUUGGUGCCACCGUCCAAGAGAAAAACUGUCAGUAUUCCAGGAGCAGUGCAGUUGAUCCCAUUGUCAACAUUUGCUAAAGAUUCUCAUCAGUCCUCGUCUCCUGUAGGCGUUUUACCUGCCAAAGCACCACUAACACAGUGGGUUGUAUCACCUGCCGACAAAAUCAAAUAUGAUGAGAUUUUCCUGAAAACUGACAAAGAUAUGGAUGGUUUUGUCUCUGGCGUGGAAGCCAGAGAGAUAUUCUUAAAGACAGGACUGCCUUCUAACUUACUUGCGCACAUCUGGGGCCUCUGUGACACACAAGACUGUGGAAAGCUUUCAAAAGAACAGUUUGCCUUGGCUUUCCAUUUAAUUAAUCAAAAAUUAACAAAGGGCAUUGAUCCUCCUCAAGUUCUGACUGCAGAAAUGAUCCCUCCAUCAGAGAGGGCCAGCUUACAGAAGAGCUCUCUAGGACUGACUCCGGUGGCAGAUUUUUCUGCAAUUAAAGAGCUUGAUACUUUAAACAAUGAGAUAGUUGAUCUGCAGAGGGAGAAGAAUAAUGUGGAACAGGAACUGAAGGAGAAAGAAGAUACUAUCAAACUGAGGACAAGUCAGGUCCAGAAAAAUGACUUUGACAGGGAAGCAAAGGAAAGCUGCAGGAUCAGUGACGCACCACUUCCUAGCUGCGCAAGUACAUUGUUUCAGGCACCCAGAGCAGCUGGCAGAGAGGAUCUUCAAUGUGAAGUGAAGAGGGAGAGCAGUAAUCUACAGAAGCUGCAAACUCAGAAACAGGAAGCUCAGGAAAUCCUUAAUGGCCUCGAUGAGCAAAAAGCCGAGUUAGAGGAGCAACUUAAUGAUAUCAGGCAGAAAUGUGCUGAAGAGGCCCAUUUGAUUGCUUCACUGAAGGCUGAAGUAAUAAGUCAGGAAUCUAAGAUCUCAACAUAUGAGGAGGAACUGACCAAAGCUCAAGAGGAGCUAAGUCGCCUGCAGCAAGAAACUGCUGAGCUAGAGCAAUGCAUAGAGUCAGAGAAAGCACAGCUGGGACCUCUUCAGCAGCAUCUGCAGGAUACACAACAGGAAAUCAAUUCAAUGGAAACAAAACUAUUUGAGAUGAAAGAAUUGGAAAAUAACCAGUUUAACUGGCACUCUCACCCACACAACCUACUUGUUAAUGGAACUGCAGAUCAUUCUAGCCUUAGCAACAGCAGCAGUGAAGCUGCUAACCUUAAUGAGAAUGCUGAAAGGGAGAGUUCAGCAGAAGCUGAACAAAUAAACCAUGAGUCUCCAGUAAGGAAUAGCCCUGAAAUAACAAAUGAUGAUGCUAUUGGAGAAGAGAAAGAGACGUUGACUGCAACUAUUAACAAAAAAGAAGAUCCAUUUGCUACAGAAUAUCAUCCUCUGCCUGAUCAAGUUACAGAAGCCAAUUUAGACUUCUUCCAGUCUGACCCCUUUGUUGGCAGUGAUCCUUUCAAGGAUGAUCCUUUUGGGAAAGUUGAUCCUUUUGAUGGUGAUCCCUUCAAAGAUUCAGAUCCUUUUGCAGCUGACUCUUUUUUCAAACAAUCCUCCACUGAUCCUUUUGUGACUGCAGACACUGACCCUUUCAGCACAACAGGCAACAGCAAUAAUCCCACAACAGAAACACUGAAGAACAAUGAUCCUUUUGCUCCUGGUGGAACAGCUAUUCCUGCACCAACUGAUCUAGCUGCAGAUCCCUUUUCCUCUCUAUUUGGAAACGAGUCAUUUGGAAGCAGUUUUGCUGACUUCAGCACAUUGUCAAAGGCCAACAAUGAAGAUGACUUUAUUUCUUCCGCAACAGUCUCUGUAAACAAUGUGGUCAUAACCAAAAACGUAUUUGAGGAACCACCAGCUAAAAAUGAGGAUAUUCCUCCUGCUUUGCCCCCCAAGACUGGAACUCCUACAAGACCCUGCCCUCCACCACCUGGAAAAAGACCUAUCAACAAACUGGAUUCUUCAGAUUCCUUUAAACCGAAUGAUCCAUUUCAGCCUUUCCCAAAUUGUGACAUUCCCAAAGCACAAGAAGAUCUAUUUUGUGACCCAUUUGCUCCCAGUAAUAUUGGUAAAGAGACAGACACCAGUGAUUUUGCAAACUUCAGUGCUUAUCCUUCUGAAGAAGACAUGAUUGAAUGGGCUAAGAGGGAAAGUGAGAGAGAAGAAAAAGAGAGACUUGCAAGAUUAAAACAACAAGAGCAAGAAGACUUGGAGCUGGCUAUUGCACUCAGUAAAUCUGAAAUAUCAGAAGCAUGAAGAUUAGAAUAAUCGUGUCUUAUGUCAACUGUUUUUUCCCUUUUUCUGAAUGCUUAACCUAUUUAAAAUGUUAAUCAGAAGCUACCUAUGAACAGGGAAGUACAAAAGCUAUUAAAUUCCUGCAAGUGUGAUUGAAUAUUCACCUUUAUAUUUUUGUCCCAUUCUGAUUUGUAAGUUUCCUAAAGAUCUUCAUGAAGCUUAUCAGACAACUAAUAGAGUGCUGCUCCUUUGUGUAUUCUCCUUGAGCUUUUAGCCUGUGCUAUUUUUAUUCUGUAAACCCAGGACACCAAAGUGUCUUCAUGCAAUACAUAAAGAUAAGGCAGACUUCAUCACCUUAAAGAAACUGGUGGUCAUUCUGGUGAUACGUGAAAAUAUCUUCAUGAACACUUCUAAUUCUGUUAGACUGAAGUUCAGAGACAGGCAAAUAUUGUCUCAAUCAAAUUCCUUGGUGAAAGGGGCAUAGUAUUGAACAUAAAGGUGAAAUGCUUGCAUUUCUAUAUUUUGUACCCAUUGUGUACAGGGCUGAGUCAUUUAUAAAAAAAAAAAGUUAACAAACGUUUUAGCUUCUGUACAGAUUGUGUGCUGUCUCAUAAAGAAGCUAGAGCCCUUUACUAUAUAUUACUGUAUAAAAGGUGUGUGGACAUUUCUGCUGAAUUCCAUCUUUAGUAGUUUUUAGAUUGGAAUAGUCCAGUCAUUUUAGUAUUUAUUCUCUCCCAGAAGAUAUGUUUCAGGAAAGUAAAGCACAUUUCCUACCUGUAAAUAAAUCAGUUUAUAAUGCAGGCAAUGAGACUAUGGUUUAAGUAUAAUCUGUCAGCAACUAUGAUUGAGUAGAAGGUGAACAUGGCAAUUACUCUGCCUCACUGACCCCUUCCCACCAGUUAGUUAUGUGAAACCUUUUGUACUUUUUCAGAGCAGACGUUAGUAAUGCUGGAACUGUCGAGUGCUUUAUUUGAUAUGUAUACAUAUGUAUUUUCUUUUUAAUGAAGGUUCUUCUGCUGGACUUAAACUUUAAUUGAUGAUAUUCAGUGUGCAAGUGGGAAAGAUUGUGUAUCUUAUUGAAACCUUAAUUGCUUUUUUGCAUGGUCAUGAGGUGGGCAGACAGAUCACAUAUUCUGGAUGACUUUUUGUUGUAACAUAGAAUAACUAAAUAGAUAAUUCACAAGAAUUGACUGUUGGUCAAAAUGUCUCAAAUUGCGGAACCCCACUGCUAAUUGAGCCAAUAUAUAACUAAACUGGCAAUUUGACAAGUUUGAAUUUGAAGUAGGAUAGAGAAGAGAGUAGGAUGCAUAAAGGCAUAGCUUAACUUUAUACAACAGUCUUUUUCUCUCAAUGUAAUUUAUUGAAUGCCAACUGAUAGUUGCACCUUAUUAAAAAAAACUGAUUUAUAAUUCUUUAUGGUCACUGAGUCAAAGUAGGUUGAUAAAUUGUUAAUGAAAGUAACUUAUUGCCUGUUAUGUAAAUGUAAUCCAUUCUGCAGAAUGUCAGAUUCAUUUAAGUCAUUCCCAAUGAUGCUGCUUUCACUCUGUACACGUACAGCUGGACUGCAGCAGCAUACAAUCGAUUUUCUUUCUUGCACUUUUUAAUUUGGUGUAUUUCUCCGUGAGACUAGAAGUGUCUCAAGACAAAAAA